CAAGAAAAACAGCUUCCAUGGCACAUUGUGUACAAGGCACAACUAGAAUGAGUGCUGCAGAAAGUUCUACCGAGCAUGAAGAGCACGAUCAAUCAUCAAGCAGAAAGAACUUGACAAGUUCUCUUGAACAAAAGAUAAGGUGCUUGGAAAAACAGAGAAAAGAGCUCCUGGAAGUUAACCAGCAAUGGGAUCAGCAAUUUAGAAGUAUGAAAGACUUAUAUGAACGAAAGGUCGCAGAGCUGAAAAUGAAACUGGACGCCGCAGAAAGAUUCCUCAGCUCGCAGGAGAAAGAGCUGCUUCAGAGUCAGAGAGAGAGCGACCGGCUUCACGACCAGACCCGCCAGCUGCUGCAGCGCGAGGAGAAGGAAAAGGAGAGCCUAAGUGAAGAAUUACAUGAAUUGAAGAAAGAAAAUAAGCUUUUGAAGGAAAAACAUGCUCUUGUGAGCAAGAAGAAGGAACAUUAUGAAUGUGAAAUAAAGCGCCUCAAUAAGGCUCUUCAAGAUGCCUUGAAAAUCGAGUGUUCUUCAUUUCCUGAGGAAUGUUUGGGAAAGUCAGAACUGGAGUGCAGACAUGAGGAGAUAAGAACAGAAAUGGAAGUUCUCAAACAGCAGGUGCAAAUAUAUGAAGAAGACUUCAAAAAGGAACGAUCAGACCGAGAAAGACUUAAUCAAGAGAAAGAGACUCUACAGCAAAUUAUUCAAACUUCUCAAUCCGAGUUGAAUAGGCUGAAUUCUCAGAUAAAAACUUGUCAGAUGGAGAAAGAAAAACUCGAAAAGCAGUUAAAACAGAUGUAUUUCCCAAUCUGUAACUGCACCUUGAAUUUCCACCUGCGGGAUCCAUGCGCACUGGCAGACCCUGGGGCUGCACAAGAUCUACAGAAAUACUCACCAGACUAUCAGUGGUAUGCUCAUGACCAGUUUCCGCCAGAUGUGCAGCACAAGGCAAAUGGCUUCUCCUCAGAAAAGAAAGUCAAUCAGUAGAAGCACACACAAGUGCCAGAGCAUACGGGCAGAGGGAAAACUUGGCCAAGCUCCCUCAUUUCUCUUUUUCCUGUGGCUUGUGUCUGCACAACUGCAUAUCAUCUACUCCAUUAUUUGUGCCUGGUAGUGCUUCCCUUUGGCAUGGAUAGAGGAAAAGACUUGUGACAGCUAAGCUCCUGAUCAAGUCUGAGAAGCCGGUGUCACACAAUGGAACACAACUUCCUGUUUCCUCGGCAUGAGAUUGGGCAGAUGGAUUAUGCGCCGUUCUUUGAAACUCUCUCCAGCAUAUUGCUGUUGGAUUUACAGAGGUGAUUUCAAAAUUUCAGCAACUCCACUUUUGGUGCAGUGAUGUCAUAUGUUGAUUGAAGUGUAUAUUCCCUGAGGGAAAAGCUUCUGCAGUGGUAAAUUUGUAACAUUGCUCCCAUUAUUUUUGUGGGGGCUUGGUUCUUUAGCCAGUUUGACUAGAUAUGUGUUCAUCUUUGUUGGACUCAGUGAACCUGUCAAUAGGACUGAAGAGGUGUAUAUACUUCCUGAAACUCAAUGAAUGGUUCAAUAACACAGUAAACUUGAAACUGUUCUUUAAAUAGAUCAUUCCUUUAAGAUGACAGAAAAUUGUGAGCCUACUUCAUUUUUACGUGGAAUAGAUUAUGAAAGAUAAACUCUACUGUGAUGAUGAUAGUGUUGGCUGUGUUCGUAUACACUUCCGUAGUAGUUCAGAGAUACAUGGAUUUGUAGUUAACUCUGUUUUUUCUUCCCAUGGAUUUGAGUAAUUACUGAUAAAAAACAUUCUCAAGCCUAUUAAAAUGGAAAAUGAAUGUUUCCAAAUUGUAUGGCAAUUAAGUUGUACAGUGGCAUGACAGAUGUCUAAAGACUAAGCAGAUUUAAAAGUAUUACGUUCAUCUAUUUAAUAAGGUUUUUGCUACGACCAACUGGAGAUCCUUUUUGUGAGAUGUAUAACAGGAGUGUGAGAUCCACAGAUAUCUGUGAUUCUAGCAGUACCUAAAGAAAACCAGGAGCGUCUGCUGAACCUGAAAUCAAAUAAAACAA